CGCGGGGGGUUGUUUUCUGAAAGAAAAGAGCGAGCUUCUCCCUUGCUGCUGGGGUGGUCCUGGGCGCUCUGGUUGCUCACUUGUGAACUCCUUAAUCGGAGGCUCGACGGGCUUUCGAGUAGGGGGGACAAAACCCGUCUCUCCAACAAACGCCUUCCUUCCCGCAGGGGGGCUAAAGCUGGGACUCGCCAUAGGGUUCUGAGGCAGUACUGUGAUGUCGCCCAUUGAUUAGGCACGUGCUGAUGCGAAUCCGGUCCCGUGAGAAAACCUUCAAGAUAGCGAUGGGUGCCUCUACAAACGCUGAUGCAUUCGACUUUCUAGUGGAGCAGAUUAAGACUAAUGUCAAGUUCCUGCAGACCAAGGGCAGGCUGUCAUCCGAUGCUGCGCGACAGGUCGAAAACCUCCUGGACACCGGCAACACAUCCACUCCUUUCCCAUCCGAAAAGGCGACUCCGUUCACACCCACAAUUGCUCCGGCUCCUGCACCAUCGCCUGCACCUCAGGUCCGCCGUGUCCGAGCCCUGUAUCACUAUGAUAACCCAGGAGACCUCUGUUUCAAAGCUGGAGAUAUUGUUGAACUCACUCCCAGGCCUGACGAUAAUGACGAUUGGUGGACUGGUAGCUUGAACGGUCAGACGGGGCUGUUCCCUUCCAAUUACGUCGAAAAGAUGCAAGCAAACGACAGUUCGCCACCGCCGCCUUCUGGAGUUUACUCCAGCACACUGGUUCAGACAACAUACACAUAUAGUGAGAAACCCGGACCUCCGCAGCCAGUGCACGCGCCCCCUUACCAAGCCUCAGGACCUACUUACAACCCUCCGCCUGGUCCGUCUAGCACCACUGUGGUUGUGCAACAGCCAGACGGGGCACCGGGGAAGAAAAGCAAAUUCGGCAGACUGGGCAGCACUAUGGCCAAUUCCGCCGCUGGCGGUGUUGGGUUUGGUGCCGGUGCCGCCGUUGGGAGCGGUAUCAUCAACGCCAUCUUCUAGAUUCAGCACAGUCUUCAUCACAUUUCGCCAUUUGUUGGACGCUAAUCAAUUAUAUCACUUUCUCUCAAUCAUUUGUACGAUCGAUGCAGUUGAUCCACCUUGGCACCAUAUAUUCCGGUGGCUUGUGUCAUUUUUUUUGGAAAGCCACUGUGGAUAUCGCGCUUCCUGUCUGACCUCCAAACGUAAAUGUUGGGUAUUUGAUUCUGGAG